GGUCUCUUUGAUAUUGUUUGUUGUUACCAAUAGCAGCAUCAAAGAGACCACCUAUCUAUAAUAAGGGGUCUCUUUGAUAUUUUUUUUUAAAAAAAAAUACUGUGUCACCGGACCCACUAUGACUAAAGGUGGGUCCGCCCCUGACAGUAGUCCGGUUUUUACACCCAAUUGUAGUUUAGGAGUUUGAUGUGCAUGUGCUAGUGCUUUGAGUUCAACUGAGUUGUGAAGUUGACAGGUUAAAAAGACUAAACUCUGAAAUAUCUGAGCUUUGUUUGUGGCACCAUCAUUUAAUUCCCCCCCAAAUUUACACAACUCUAUAACCAGAAAUUAUAUUUUCCUGUUCAAAAAUGCAAUUCUCCUGCUAAACACUUCUUUCUCUCUCUAACUUAAGUUAGGUCUUUGCAAAUGUGCCAAAUGGCUCGAGAGGUUGAGUCUUGUGAUGAGUGCUUCAUGAACUGUUUGCUGAUCCAUCAAGGACGGAAUGAUCGUUCUCCAAUGAUUCCCUCGUUUUUUUAAAGUCAUGUAUGGCAAGAAGUUUUCUGAAGAAAUGUUUGUACCUCCCAAAUUUAGCAGAAUUAUUUUUUCAUCAGUAGGAAAAAAGGCAUGUCUCGAGGAUUUAACUGGCCAGAAAUGGGAAGUGGUCCUGUCUGAUGUACAAGGUUCUGUUGCCUUCCAAGAGGGAUGGCGUAAGUUUUCUCUGGAUCAUGGCCUUGUUCUAGGUGAUUUUGUGGUAUUUCGUUAUGUCCCACAGGAUCACAUUUUAUCGUUGAAAUUUAUGGCAAAAGUGGAUACGAAAAAUCAUUUCCUAGUGUAAAGAGCUAUCAGAACAAGAGACCAAAAACUACCGGGGAUUCUCCUUCUGAUCCAUCGUAUAAGGAACGAGAACCAUCACAAAAAAAUAACUGUUUCAAUACCUAUGCUGUUCCUCGAUCAAACACUUACAUGGAUGACAUCAGUUGGAGUCAGGAUGAUGUGAAUAAUCUAAAUGAUUCUCCUGUGAUGGAAGAAAAUGUUCAAAGACAGGUAAAUGUCAUUGAAAAGCCCCAGCUGGUUCCAGAUGUAGAUAUUUUAGUGGAGCCAUGCUUCUUGAAUGACAGAGAAACAAAUACUGCUAAAGAGGCUAAUAGAGAACAUCUAUUUGAUCUGUCUGCCUUCGAGUCGCCCGGCAUGAAUCCAAGUUCUUCUAGGAAAGGUGAUGAUGACAAUCGUUUUGAUCUGUCCAUCUCCAACAUGACCAGUAAGAAAUUAGACGCCAGAGAAGACCUUGGAGAACAUCUAUCUGAUCAGCCUCCUUUCCAGUCAUUUAACAUAGAACCUAGUUUCUCCAUGAAUGGUAAUAGAGACGAUAUAUCUAACCCGUCUACCUCCAAGAUGAUAGACAAAAAAGUAGAUGAUCAUAAGGGUAACCUUCAAGGGAACACGUGUUCUCAAGUGUCAGGUGCGUUUGAUGAAGCUCGAACCCGGAGUACCUCAAUUGAUACGAAGAAGUUCCCUUUAACUCAAGGAAAGACUGCGGUACCUUCAAAUAAUGAUGAAGCAAACUUGUCAAGUUCUAAACACAGUCCAGUUCCCAGUGUUUCUCCAAUUCUGCCUUCAAAUUUGAUGCCACCCCCAAACUUAUUUGGUAAAAAACAGACUUGUGAGCCUUCAACCACAUCUGGUUUUAGUCAGUCACCAGGUUCUAAUUCUGUUUGUGGCAGGGAAGGAGGGACGGUGAGAGUAGUUAAGCAAGAACCAAGAGAGUUUAAGCAAGACCUUUCUGCUAAUUUGUUGGCAGGUACCUCAUUUGUUGCUAGCUUGUCUUUCAAUAGGGAGGCCAAGAGUAACUUUAGUGGUCUUGGUGUGAACAAUCCAAUGGAAGAUGAUGUUGAGGUUUGUAAAGAUGUGAAGGCAGAACCGGUUGAUUUCUGCGAUUCUCUAUCCGUACCUGCCGGCAGGAUUAUAUGCUCCGUACCACCAGACAAUGAAUCUUUCCUUGAGUUGCCUGAGGCAUUACCUAUAAAGUGGAGGCAAAGAUUAGAUAAGAAACACAAGCUGAUUUCUCUUAAAGAUCCUGCUGGCAGAGAUUGGCCUGUGUUAUACCAUAAGAGAAACAACCUCUUUGUUCUGGCUAGUGGAUGGAAGGAAUUCAGAAAGGCCAACAAGAUUUGUACCGGUGAUGAGUGUGCUUUUGUAGCUGAAAAGAUCGACAAAGGUGCAUUCCAACUCCUAAUUCUCAAUCGCAUUCGCUGUCCAUAGGAGCAUCAGUUACCCAAGAAUUAAACUCUGAACCUGAUUUGUCGGUUUAUUCAGAUUACAAGGUACUCUUGCUGUUGUAUAUGGUUUUUGUAGAAAGCUACUGGUUUUCUUUUUGAGCUAAUGGUGUUUCCCGGCUAAAUGCUAGUACAUCGCUGUAGUUGAAAAUCUGGGUUUACUUUUGUGAAUGAAAUAGUGUUUAUAUUCAUCACCUUAUUUGUGUAUCGAAUAUUAAAGGUAUUCGCGGA